GAAGUUUCAACUUUCACCUCGGAUGUCCUCAGCCAAUCAGCGAACGCGGUUUGAGACGUGCUGCGUAAUGACGUAACACUACGUAAUUCAUAGAGAGCAGGAAGUGUGAUGUGGCUUUAACUCUUAACAAAAAUGUCGGCCAUCUUCAACUUUCAGUCCCUGCUUACAGUGAUUCUCCUCCUGAUCUGUACGUGUGCGUAUAUCAGAGCAUUGGCUCCCAGUCUGCUAGACAAGAACAAGACCGGGCUCCUAGGAAUUUUCUGGAAAUGUGCCAGAAUAGGUGAGCGGAAGAGUCCUUGGGUGGCCUGCUGCUGCGUCAUAAUGGCUUUUAGUAUAUUGUUCCUACAGUAACAGCCAAAAGAAAAACAAAGAUGGAAACACAGAGGAAAUGAACAGUAACAGUCUGAUGUUAGAAGCACAACAGGACCUCAAUUGGUUCAUCUAGAUAAUGUAAAAAUGGAACCAUCACCACGCACCAUAGCCUCGGAGAAGGAGAAGGGGCGUCUAGCCCCCUAAUGAACUUAUGUUUACUCUGGAUGUAUGUGUGUUCUUUAGAUUUAAAAAAGCGGGGAGGUACAUUGUGGGAUCAACUGGCACAUUGUCCAAAUAUUUCAGAUUUUCCUUCCCUCUGUCUUUGUCUCAGUUGCAUUAGUUAGUUUAGAAUUCCUAGCAGAAAUAUGCCAUAUGUCUUAUCACUCAUAUAUAUUUGAGGAAAUGUUUAGCAGGAUUUGUAUUUGUAAUCUGUGUCCUGUUGGUUGUAUCUGAAAAGGGUGGUAAUAUCCUGCAGCAAACAAAAUGACGUUGUACUGUAGCUUUUCCAAUAUCAAAUAAUCCAUAUUUGUCACAAGAAGCUACUGAUGGUUUUAAAGUCACUCAGUUUGCAGCUAUUUAUUAAAGAACCUUUUUGCAGUGA